UGGUUCUCAAUCAAAUCAAUUUUGUUCCUUUUCUUGAUUCCUCUCAUUUUUCAUCACUCAACCCUAUUGCUUCUUACAUUAUUAUUUUUUCAAUCUAUCGACCCCUUUCUAUUUUUCUUGAUCUAGAAAUUAUUCAUUAUAGCAAAAAUGGUGAAGAAUGACCUAGAUAAAAAUGGUAGCUUUACAGGCAGCCCGAAACCACCUCAUCCGACCGAUCCAGACUCAAGAAAGAGCAGCCAGGAAGAGCUGGAACACUCCUUGAAUCAUCACAAUGAUCAGGAUGUUAAGAAAUUAUCGGAAGAUAUUGAUCGAUUCAUCGAUGUACUUACCACAUGUCAUGAUAAAUCAAAUCCCCCUGAUGUCCCUGAAAUCGUUGAGACGUUCUUCAAAAUCAUCGAAUCGAAGAUCAUCAAGCAUAGUACUCGUGAAAGUUCGGCUACAAAAUUUUGCAAGAUGGAGGAGGACAACUUUUUCGUAGAAGCAGUGUCACGUUUAUCCAAAUUGACAAAUUCCUUGAGUGAAUUUCCUUCAGGUUCGUUGAACAGAACGAGCAUGGUCCUACAACGGGUCAUGACGUUCAUGGAAGAAGAUUUGAGAGCCUUGUUAGAAGAUUCUUCUUCAAGUGUUAAAGUUUAUAAAAACUCUUCCUUCAAUUCAAACAGGCUACUAGUUGAUGGGGAAGCAUGUAGUUUAACCCUUUCGGAAUCCAAUGGAGAGGAGGAAUAUCCGUCAUUUCCUCCUGACGCGGUGACAAGAAUGAACCGAAUUGUCUCUGCCAUGAUCUUGGCUGGCUAUGAAACAGAAUGUUGUCAAGUGUACUCGAUUUCGAGAAGAAAUGCAUUUGUUGAACAAAUGAAAAAGCUCGAAUUCGAGAAGAUAAACAUGGAGGAUGUGCAAAGAAUGCAAUGGGAUUCUUUAGAAGGAGAGAUUACGCGGUGGAUCAGAGUUGUAAAAAGUUGUUCAACAACUCUGUUCCCCGGUGAAAAGAGACUCGGGGACUCUGUUUUCUCCGAGUCUCCAAUGAAUUCUCAAUACCUAUUUAGCAACCUGGCUCGCGCCAUUGUCAUCCAGCUUCUUGACUUUGCUGAGGCUGUAACCAUGACCAAACGCUCCGAGGAGAAGCUCUUCAAAUAUCUAGACAUGUAUGAAGCUCUACGUGAUCUCAUUCCAUCCAUCAAAAACUCGUGUUCAAAUGAAUGUGAGAACGAAUUGAAUUCAGAGAUUCAAGCUACAACAGACAGGUUAGGAGAAGCAGCUUUGAGUAAAUUCUGUGAUCUGGAAAAUUCCAUAAAAAACGACGUUGCAAGGACACCGGUCCCUGGAGGGGCAGUGCACCCCUUAACGCGUUAUGUCAUGAAUUAUUUAAAAUAUGCUUGUGAAUACAAAGUCACCCUAGAGCAUAUUUUCCAGCAACACGUAAAAUUCGAAGAAUCCAAUGUCAAUGCCAAAUUGAAACCAACAUUGGAGGUAGAGUCAGAGAAUGAUAGCCCACAUUUUAAUUCCGAGACAGUAGCUCGGACAACGCCAUUCUCAAUACAGCUCGUGACGAUAAUGGACCUUUUGGACACGAAUCUUGAAGCAAAAUCAAAUCUUUACAGAGACCCCGCGUUACGUGACAUUUUCCUAAUGAACAAUGGUAGGUACAUUUUACAAAAAGUGAAAGGUUCCGAGGAGAUACAUCAAGUGAUGGGCGAUACGUGGUGUAGGAGACGAUCAACGAUCGUUAGGCAUUACCACAAGAACUACCAGAGGGAAACAUGGGGUAAAGUACUCCAAAUCCUAUCACACGAUGGAAUGCAAGUGCACGGGAAAGUGGCGAAGACAACAGUAAAAGAAAGGUUCAAGAAUUUCAACACGAUUUUCGAUGAAAUACAUAGGAAUCAGACUACUUGGGUUGUAAGUGAUGAGCAACUUCAAUCGGAGCUUCGAGUCUCGAUAUCAGCAUUGGUAAUUCCAGCUUAUAGAUCAUUUUAUGGGAGAUUUAGACAGUAUUUGGAUAAUGCAAAGCAAGCAGAGAAGUAUAUAAAGUAUCAGCCAGAGGAUAUUGAAACAUUGAUUGAUGAUUUCUUUGAUGGUAAUUCCACAUCAAUGGCCAGGAGGAAGACUUAAGUUUGUGAUAUUUAUAUUCAUAGUAGUGAGCAGAGUUGAUAAUUUUGUAUGACAUGUUAUUAAUUAUUGUAUUUCAU